AUGAACACCAACGAAGUCAUCAGCAACCGUGCCAUUGAGAUUUUAGGUGGGGAGCUGGGUAGCAAGUCGCCGGUGCAUCCCAACGACCAUGUCAACCGCAGCCAAUCGUCCAAUGACACCUUUCCAACAGCGAUGCACGUUGCCGCGGUGCUGGCACUUCAGAAGCGCACCUUGCCUGGACUGCGCCGGCUGCAUAAAACUUUGGUGCGCCAAGCCAAAGAGUAUGACGACAUCAUCAAGAUCGGACGUACACACACGCAGGACGCAACGCCGCUGACACUGGGCCAGGAAUUCAGCGGCUAUGCAACGCAAGUGGAGUAUAGCAUUGCCCGAGUGGAGGCUGCUUUGCCGCGACUCCGCCAACUUGCCCUGGGUGGCACUGCCGUGGGCACGGGCCUCAACACCUAUGCUGGCUUUGCGGAGCGUGUCGCCAAGGAAAUUGGCCGUAUCACUGGCGAGGAGUUCGUGUCGGCACCCAACAAGUUCGAGGCUUUGGCUGCUCAUGAUGCUGUGGUAGAGGCCUCUGGGGCCUUGAACACUGUGGCGUGCUCUCUGAUGAAAAUCGCCAACGAUGUCCGACUUUUGGGAUCGGGUCCCAGGUGCGGUUUGGGUGAGCUCCUUCUCCCAGAGAACGAGCCCGGAUCAUCCAUCAUGCCAGGGAAGGUGAACCCCACGCAGUGCGAGGCCUUGACCAUGGUAUGCUCUCAGGUUAUGGGGAAUCAUGUUGCCAUUACGGUCGGCGGCUCAAACGGCCACUUCGAGCUCAACGUCUUCAAGCCCAGCAUCAUCAACGCUUUCCUGCAGUCUGCCAACAUCCUCGGCGACGCC